AUGCCCGGUAACCCGGUUUUUGAUUUAAACCUUGUCCCCAGCGUGGCCGCUCAGCAAACACCGCGUUUCCGUGAGGCUGCCAUGGCCAGCAGCUCGCAAAAAGCAGAAAAGGAGAGAAAUAAAAGCAAAAAGACGGAGAAGGAAGCUUCAGAAAAUCCUCACUUGUCUGACAAAACAGAUUUGGCUCCUUCUGAGGACUCACAAUCCCUUUCCAAGACUGAACCACUGGAAGAGAUUUUAAAUGAGGCGAGCGAAGAAAUUAUUAACUUGUUAUCAAAAUAUGCUCACCUUGUAUGUACAAGAACAGCUUUGGAUUCUUCUCAUGUCCAGGAACUUGAUGAGAUCUUAAAAGAAGCCAGGGCCUUAGAAAACAACUUAAAGCAGAAGAGGGAGAUGCUGAAAGAGAGACUAACUUUCAUUGCCAAUACUCUGCAAAGAUAAAGCAGUUUGUUGGAGAAAUGUUUGUGUCUGAAAACAAACUGAGAAGAGUGUUGAGAUGUCUGUUUCUUGUAUAAAUAUUUAGCUGUUUCAGGAAACUUCCAACAAGUUAAGCAGCUACUUUGUGGUUAAAUACAUAGUGUAAUCAGUAAAAACAAUUCUGAAUAUCUGUUUUAAAUCCUGGGACUCAAGGGAUUAAGACAUUAAGCCAUGUUAAUAAGUUAAACAUAGAAAAAAAAAAUUCUGUGAAAUAGAAAUUUAUGAUGUACGUGGAAAGUGACCUCAGAUUAUUUCAUGUUAACCAUUUUCUGGUUAUGGUUUGUUCUGGUUUUUUUUUUUCCUUUCUACUUUAAAAACGUUUUUGUGCUAAAAUCUUAGUAGAAUCUACUUGCCAUGUUAUUUCCAUUUUGCCUCAGAAUGUUAACAGGCUGAAAAUAGAUCAGCUUAGAAAUAAGAGAGUUCUAUAAAGAACUUUGAGGAAGUAUAAAACCUUCAUUUCAAAUGCAUUGUCAUACUGGUACAUGUGUUACAUUUCACGGCCAUGUUGAUAUAAAACACAACCAAAGCUUUGCUGUUGAUGUCAAUAAAGAACUAGAUAAUGUUAACAUGAUCUAGAAUUACAGUGGUAUUUUGUUACCUGGCUAAAUGAGCAGUGUUUGCUGACACUCAGUUUUUCUGAGAGCACUGAGCCCUUUUUCUUUCUUGUCAUUAAAAAAAAAAAGAUAAAACAAGGAAUGUACAAAGCAUCACUUGUACAAAGUGUGGGGCUUCUGUAAUAAAGAGAAAUGCUGGAACAAGAUACAUUUCCAUCUUUACCCCAGCAGUGUGCAGAUUUCCUCCUGAAAUCCUCUCAGACCUAAUCCACCUCCUUUCCCCCUUUCCUGAGCUCAGCCCAGCGUGCUCCGUGUCACAGCAACAUGAUUUAAAGCAAAGAACGAGAGGAACUGGACAUGUAGGGUGAGAUUUAGAUCCCUAAAGAUGCAGAUAUGUCCUUAGCAGGAUUUUCAAAGGGCCUAAGCGUGCUGUAAGCGCCUUACACGCUUAGGAAUUUUGGAAAAUCCCAUAAGGUGCCUAUCUGCAUCUUUAGCAUCCUAAGACUUUCCAAAGUCUCACCACUGCCCUGCCAUCAUAUUUAGCAGGCUCCUGGUUUUCCCCUGAUACUCUCACACUUCUCUUUAUACAGAGAAACGUGAGAGAAAAGGAGAAGAUUUAGGAAGUGACAUUUUGUAAAAUAAUGUGUUUGUAAAAUCUACACUCAUCUGUAGUGAUGACACAACCCAGAGUUUCAAAAUGACAUACAGCAAGGGCCUGAACUCACUUACCCAUAGUUAUUUGUGAAUAAUAAAGAGAAGUUCCACAAAUUGAAUUGCUGAGGAACAUUUGCCUGUUAGUGCAUGUUAGCUGUUCGUGCUUGAGGAAAUUGUGCAGCUUUUUUAGAUUCUCUGGAUUUGGAUUAUCUCAGUUUAGUUUAUGUGGCCAAUAUAUCCAACUAUUAUUAAAUGUCAGAACUGAGAUUUUGGGAUAUAAUAAUUUCAUAAGUUUUUUCCCUUAGGGGAUCAAGUGUUCCUGUUGCAGCACUUUGCUCUAUUUAAAAACUUCCUAUAAUCCAACAAAAAUGAGUAAAACUCCACUGUUUAAAACACUGAAAAUGCUUAGUGCAUUUCAAUCCAAGAUAUAUUCUCAGAAUGAUGACUCUUGGUUCUUUACAGUGAUUUCUUACACAGUUGGUUGUCAUUCCAAUUAAUAACAUUUAACAGAGUGACAUCUCUGAGAUAAUAAGAGGAAUUUAGAAUUUGAGAAGAUGUUGAAAGUAAAGUCAGUGAGUAUGGCCACAGUAACUGAGGUGAGCUUAUGAACAGUGUAGUUAUAAUUAUUACAUUUUUAAAGUUACUAAGGGCAACACAGCUUCUGGUUUUGCUGCACAAAUAUAGAUGAGUAUAUAUAUAUAAAUAAGGUAAAAUGAAUUAA